UCACUUCCUUUUCUAAAGCCUGUCCAAAAACGCGAAGCUCCGAAUUACUUUGAUAUCAUCAAGUGUCCUAUGGAUCUUGGCACAAUGUCGAAAAAACUAAAAGCCUUGCAAUAUAACUCUAAAGAGGAUUUUGCAAACGACUUGUAUUUGAUAUGGACUAAUUGCAUGACUUAUAACACAAUUCCUGCAAGUAUAUAUUUAUUACUGCGGUCGAAUUUUUAUCAAAAACACAGGCUGAAAUGCUGA